ACUCCGUUUGGGGUUUUUCACAUUGGAAGAUCUUUAGUCGAGAGGACGCGAUAGCGUUUUUCUCGCGGGCGGCAACACGUUCGGUGACGAUGGAGGAGCCCCACUCACACAGUGUGGUAGCCUCGUGAAAAUUUCUUUCACCCAAUAGUUUUUCCUCUUAGUGCCGCGCGCCAGUUUUCGAGUGCUUUCUGCAUUAAAUUCUUAUAUCGUUUUUAAUUUAUCCGCCAUCACACAAAAAAAGAGUUCUUUUCAUUGCCAUUGGGGUAUACCCACGUUGUGUUUCGGGGCACAUUUUUCACUUAGCGUCUGUGGAGUAUUUCGCUGUGCCACCACGAGUGAGGAUUUUUGUCUGCACUGUCCACCCCGGUGCUACACCACAAGAUUCUCUCGUCAGCUUCUUUUGCUUUCUGGUUGUAGUUUUCGACGUGAUCCUAGUUCGUAGCCGCUUACCCAACUAGCUUCCGUAGUUUUGUUGCCCUGUGAAAAAAAACGAACUUCGAACGAAUAUCCUCCUUUUUUGUGAGGACCUGAGAGCUUGUUUCAGUGCCUUUUCCACAACCAUAAGUGCAGGAAAGGACUUUCUGAGCCUGUCACACCGUCGAUAGUUUGCGAAAAGCACAAGAAACUGUGCGCGGAAGCGGCCACUUUGAGGAUCAUUUAAUCGUUUUUCUCUAAGGAAAAAAAGGACGUGCUGAUAUUCAAUCAUGGCCCACAAAACACUCGUUCACAAGCAGUUCAACUCACCCAUUGGCCUCUAUUCUAAUCGCAAUGUUCAAGAAACUCUCGAUCGAGAAUUAAGAACACUCUCCAAUGGAGCGGUCGGAAUUGACUUCGAAAACAAUCCUGCCGCCACCAAACCCGGUAAUUUGGCAAAUUCAGCAGUUUUAAAGAUGCUAGAAGAGGAGGAAGAAGAACAACGGCGAGCAGGAAAUAAUCCGGCAGACUGUGGGAGGCGCAGUCGAUCGAGAUAUCGGGAAAUUGAUCGGGACACGGUACUCCGCAUAAAUCGUCGUCGCCCACGGCGUGAGUUCAGCUGGCCACCAAAGACACGGUCACAAUCUGUUGGGGAUGCUGUAGUUGGGGGUACAGCCGCUGGGAGUGCGGCAAAUGGAGCAAUGCGGGGGAACCACCGAGAUUUGUCGCUGGACUCGAAACUGUCGCGUGUUGGGGAAUCCGCCGCGGGGGCGACAAUCGCUGAGGAUUUGAAUGCUCUGCAACAGCGUGGUGUUCUGGCACAGCAGCAACGCAGGAAGGGGGUAUCGUGCCUCCCGCCACUGAAACCGCGUCGUUUGGCGGACAAUAAAUCGCAGCCAUAUCGUGAUUUUGGUCAUACCAACAGUGACUUGGAUGGUGGCCCUAAAGAUCAGACAGGAUGUCAUCGAAACAAUCAGCAAAUAAAUAGUAUUUUUAGCCAGGCGAAGGCAUCAGACACAGGUGUGUCAGAUCUUUUGGGCACCAUUAAAUCCGUACCCCAUCAAAGUGAUUCACAGCCCUCGAAUGGUUUGCAUUCUUCAGCGGACACAAAUGUCGUAUUCACGGUGAUUGAAACACCUCUGUAUUGUCUCUUGUGUGCGGCUAGAGAGUGUCAGUGUAGUGCCCCCAAAAGGCUGGAUUUGUCAGAGAUGGAAGCAUUUGCUGAGGCUUCGGAGCGUAUUGUGGCAGAGGGUGUGGAAGAAUUGGCGCGUGAGAAGGAAGCUGAGGAAUUGGAUGCGGCAAUUCGUGAGCUCAUUGAUUUCGCAUCGGUUGUUCGGAAGCGCCCUGAGAUCAUGAAUCCCGCCUACAUUCCCAUUGUUGAGGGUUGCCUCCAGGAAUUAGCUCUUCUGGCCAUGCUUCACUCACAAGGGCGCAUAGGGUUGCGACCAAAAUCCCCUCAGUGCGCCACAAUUGAGGAACUUCCCGCACCACUGGCUGGCCAUCCAUCUCAAUCAGCCGCUCCUGACACGGGCGUUUGUCGCAAUUUGCCCAAGUUGAGUGAUGGCCUCGUUGGUGGUAAUCAUAACAAACGAGAGGGACGUGAGAGUGCCGCCACAGAACCCUUCAUCGGCUGCGAGAGAUUCCUUCCGACAGAAGGGUUGAGACGAGUUGCCUGGCCACCCCCUUCCGACGUCUCCGUCCACCCUUCACAGGUCCCGCUCCAGGUCAACAAUCAGCAGCCACAGCAGCAGUAUCAGGCUUCCGCUUCUGCCCCAGCACCGACCGCCACACCCUACCAGGACGGUGCGGUGUAUAGUGGUCAGCCUGCACAUUCACCAACGGUAGGUGCAUCACAAAAUUAUCCGCAGUCACAAUCUUAUACGCAGCCACAAUCGUACGGCCAGCCACAAUCCUACGGCCAGCCGCAAUCAUAUGCGCAGCCGCAGUCGUACGUAGAGCCGCAAUCGUAUACGCAGCCGCAAUCCUAUACGCAGCCACAAUCCUACACCCAAGCCCAAUACCCUAAGGCACCGGUGCAGCAAUCACCGCAGCCAGCGCGCCAAUUCACAAAUCCCGCUCCAUCCUUCCUCAAUCGUCCCACGGUUGCUCGUGGUUCAUCCCCCAGUACCGCAGCCUUUUCAGGUGGUAUUGCCCUAGGACAGCAGCCGCAGCCACAGCAAUCUCCAGCUUGGCAGCAGCAGCAACAGCAACCGCCAGUUUGGCAACGCGGUGCUUCCCAACCCAGUGCUGCCCCUCUAUCUCCCCCAAUUGCCCAACUAUCCUCUCCUGAUCCAUCAGCUUCUACCCUCUCCCCAGGCGGCAGUUUUUCACCCACCCCACGUGGCUGGGCUCCCGUAAAAGCGGUCACACCCACGCGAUCAGGCUACACGCAGCAGAGCCCCCUUGGGCAAAGCUACGAAGCACCACCACCCUUCGAAGCGGAUUCCUAUCAGAAUCAGUACCAGACGCAAUCCUAUCAGACAACUACAUCGUAUCAGAAGACAACAACUGAGUCGCAGCAACAGCAGCAGCAGUACUACCAACCACAAGGAGUACGUCAGCCAAGUCCGGGUAUCAUAACACUUCGUACGGAGCUGCCCGUUUCCCAGACACCGGCACCAGUUUACGCAUCACAACCUCCGGUCUUCAGUUUCAAAGGAGGCGCCAACAUGCGUGGUGACCAGAAGUGGCCUCCCCAGGAGUACAAGGAGCAGGCAGCUGAAGAGAAUGCAGCUAGACUGCGUCUCGCAGCUGGACCAGCUUGUCGUCCACGACGUAUUAACAAAGAUUACACUGCGUUUUUUGCCAAGAACGCCCUCAGUCACAACUACCCUGGUUACAGAGUCCCACCAGGCACACAACACGUCAACGGACAAUCUAUGAUGUAGUGUCUAAUUGACAACUCUAUUUAGUGGCUGUUGAACCUCUUCUCUUUGUCGUCUACACCCCCACAACUAUCUUGACAGAGAAAGAUUAUAUAUAUUCUCUAUAUAUUUUUUUUGUUUUAUUUAAAAUCCUCCCUCUACUACCCUUCUUUUUUAUUUAUUUUUUAUUUAAUGGGCUAAUACCAAUUUCUUGUCUCUUUUUUGUUGCUCUUGUGUUAGAAAUAUAAGACACAGUGUUGAAUAUUUAUUGCAACAGAUAUUGUAUUCUUAUAUUAUGUAUACUAUAUAUAUUUUAAUGUAAACUUUUUUCUUAUACUUUUUUUCAAUUAUUUUUGUAUCUUUAACACCAAAGGAAGGGAUGAAAAGAAAAUAUAUAAUGAGAAAUGUUAUUGCUUUAAGAGAUUGCGCAAAAAAUGUGAAUAGGAUUUAGAAAUUUAUAAAGGAAAAGAAUAUUUUUGAAAACUUUGUUUUAUGAUUUUUUUUUGGUUUUUGAUGAAAUAAAGAAAAAAGAACAAUGAGCCAAUAAUGUAAAGAUAUUAUGUUCUAACACCAAUCAAAUAUUAUUAAAAUGAAAACUUUAUCCUAUUUAUGAUUGUUGUGACCAUUUAAAAAAAUGUGUUGAAUUUUUUUUCUUUUGAAUUGACCAUAAAAAACUAUUACAAUUUAAUUAGUGUUUUAAUAAAGCAAGGAAUCGAUAAUAUUUUUUUUACACCAAAAGUCGUGAUUUAUUUAUCAAAGAAAUAUUUUUAGGAUUUUAUAUUAUUCUUUCGAAAAUGCGCGCUCAGUAAAGGAGAUUUUUUAUUUAUUUAUUUUUUUGAUGUGGUAACGACAAUGGUAACAAAAUGAGUUGAACUAUAUAAGAGCAUAACAACAUGGUGCUGAUGACAAACUAAUUUUUUCAUUUACUUAUUUUUUUCUAUUAACUGACAAAACGAAAGAAAAGUAUAUUAGGUCACAAAUUACAGCUCGUUAUCGAUAAGACAGAGAAAAUGUAAUAAUGAAAUUUAUAAAAGAAUUUUCAUAUUUUAGGAUUAUUUUUUGUUAAUGUUUUUUUUGCAUCCUUUGGUGGUCUUUCAAGCACAAUUUUCUAUACAAUGAAGACCACCAAUAUGGCUUUAGAGAUAAAAAUUAAUAAAAUCCGCGUCAAAUGCGGAAUUUUGCGCUAGAGAGAUAAUGCGCCCCUAAUAUUGCAGGAUAAAUUAACUUUUUGGGGGUGAUUAUAAAAUAAAAAAACUUUAACAUCUGAGGACGCAAAAAUCAUCCUGAAAAAGCUCAUCUGCAAUUUUUGGAUGCAUUUUCUCAAAACUCAUCAAAAAAAAACUUUUUUCUGUUCCUAGAUUAAGUUCCACCAAAAUGCUUUUUCACGGGAAAAAGAAAUUCCCCAUGACGGAGAUAAUUAAAACAGGAGCAUAAUUACUAAGUUUAUGGGGACUUUCUAUGUGGGACGUGUACCACACCGUGGAAAGGCAUUUUGGUAUGAAAAUAUAAAUUGUUUAAAAUGUUUUUGUGCAUGAUUUUUGCGCUUAUGGUGGAAGAAUAUAUAUUAAAUAAAAAAAAACUCGAUAUGUAAGGCAAAAAAAAUACGAGAAGAAUACAAAACAACGUUUGCAAAAAAUGAGAAAUAUUGUAAAAAAAAAUAUAUGAUGAAGGGUGUUGAAUGUAUCAAAUAAACUUACAGGUGAACAGCUA